GCAGUGCGAUUAGACCCUCUCCGACCUCACCCUCCGUUGUCACGACUGCCAACAACUACCGAUCAUGGUCUUCUGGCUGCCAUGUCGAAAUCGUGGUCGGCGACGCUGAGGUUGCCGAAAUCCUCUUUUCCCCCGAGGUCUCCCCUCCAACUGCGAGACCAGUACAUCCAACGAUGCGCCGAUGGCCUGUAUGAAUGGCAGAGGCAGAACAGGCCCUCUGAUGACACUUUCGUCAUCCACGACGGCCCGCCGUAUGCAAAUGGCAAUCUUCACGUCGGCCAUGCCUUGAAUAAAAUCUUGAAAGAUAUGAUACUGAGGUUGAAAGUACAGCAAGGCCGACGGGUGGAAUACAUCCCGGGAUGGGAUUGCCAUGGACUUCCCAUCGAGCUUAAGGCUCUCGAAAAAUCCCAGGGGGCCAAGCUUACACCAGUCGAGAUCCGCAAGUCUGCUCGAAACUUGGCGUCGGGUACUGUACUUAAGCAGAUGAAGAGCUUCCAAUCGUACGGGGUCAUGGCCGACUGGGGCCGCAGGUGGACGACGAUGGAUGCAGCAUUCGAGCUCCGUCAGCUGCGUUUAUUCCAGCAAAUGGUAAAGAAGGGUCUAAUCUACCGUCGGUUCAAGCCCGUGUACUGGUCGCCCUCUUCCAAGACUGCCUUGGCUGAGGCGGAAUUGGAAUACAAGGAUGACCAUGUUUCGAACGCCGCUUGGGUCAAAUUCGCCAUCACGGAUGAAUGGAAAUUGCUCCCCCAGUUUGAGCCACUGCUCGACAAGAUCCAGGGACGGCUGUAUGCUGUGAUAUGGACUACGACGCCGUGGACGUUACCCGCCAAUUCGGCUAUCGCUGUCCAUGAUGAUAUGGAGUACUGUUUCGUCCGCUGGGGUUCUGAUAUGCUGCUAGUCGCGCAGAGUCGUCUUGACACGCUGCUCUCCAAGAUUGGGGCAGGAGAGAACGGCUACGAGGUUAUUGGGACAGUUUGCGGUAGAGAUUUGGCCGGUCUAAAGUACGUAAACAGGCUUAGGGGCAAGACUGGCUCGCCACAGCCGAUCAUACACGCGGACUUUGUGACAUCGGACUCAGGGUCCGGCCUUGUCCACUUAGCGCCUGGCCACGGGUUCGAUGACUACGAAGUUUGUCGGCAACUUGACAUACCGGUAGUGGCUGUCAUAGAUGACCACGGAAAAUUUACUGAACUCGCACUCCCAGAUUCGCCUGAGACAUUGCAGUCGGCCCCUUCUGUAAACGAAGGCGGCGGUAAGCACGUCCUCAACCUUCUCGAGUCUCAUGGCGACGUUCUGCUAGGCGAAGAACACCGGCACAAGUACCCUUACGAUUGGCGCACCAAACAGCCAGUGGUUAUUCGGGCUACCGAACAAUGGUUUGCCGAUGUUGCAUCUAUCAAACAAGAAGCGCUUGAGUCCCUGAAUGACGUUCGUUUUAUUCCGGACUCUGGCAGGAAACGGCUCGAGAGUUUCAUUCAAGGUCGGAGCGAAUGGUGUAUAUCGCGACAGCGCGUUUGGGGCGUCCCCAUACCUGCUUUAUACGAUGAUGCUGGCGCAGCCUUAGUAAGUGAAGAAGUCGUCGAGCAUAUCAUUUCGGUUAUCCAAGAACGAGGUACCCAUGCCUGGUGGUCGGAUGCCCCUGACGAUCCCGCCUGGUUUCCACCUUCGCUCCAAGGGACAUACCGACGGGGGACCGAUACGAUGGACGUAUGGUUUGAUAGCGGUAGCAGCUGGUCGAUGAUGCCGGGACGCGCGGAUGUCUAUCUUGAAGGGUCUGACCAGCAUCGUGGCUGGUUUCAGUCCAGUCUCCUCACCCGGAUCGCAGCCGGAUCGCAGACCGACUCAAGCUUCGUCAAAGGCGCACCUUUUAAGCAGCUGAUUACUCACGGGUUCACCCUAGAUCAGGAUGGCAAGAAGAUGUCGAAAUCGCUGGGAAACAUCAUAGAGCCACAACAAGUCAUGGAUGGCACGCUUCUACCUCCGAUGAAACAGAAGAAGGCAGCGGCAAACCAAGGACCGCCCAGGAGUGACGCUCUCGGUCCUGACGCUCUAAGGUUGUGGGCAGCGAGCAGCGACUACACUCGAGACGUAGUCAUCGGAGUUCCCGUGCUCGCGGCAAUCCACACGGCGCUGAUGAAGUACCGCACGACUGUAAAGAUGCUUCUAGGCUCGAUGCACGAAUCUGCCCGGACAGCGCCGCUAAGCGUGACGGAUCAUAUUGCUAUCAUACACUUACAAGAUACGAUGCGUGAAGUUGGUGAGGCAUUCGGAAACUACGAAUUCUACAGGGGAGUUGCAGCUUUAAAUAGAUGGGUUACGGUCAACUUGUCGGCUUUCUAUCUCGAGGCGUUGAAAGAUCGACUGUAUUGCGGAGACGGGGGUGGCGUCCUGGAACCUAUAUUGACCGGUUUUCUCAGGAUGCUGGCCCCAGUUACGCCCUUGUUAGUCGAAGAGGCGUGGGAUCACCGCCCCGAGUGGAUGAAACACGAUCAGUCACUGACUCAUCCGCUCCACCAGCUUUACGGCGAUCCCGUAAUCGAUCCUACGCGCCUGACGCGAGACCUGUCGUCUCUCCGGAAUGAUAUACCAAUCCUGAUGUCCGUCCACGCGGCAAUCAAGUCGGGUCUCGAGGCCGCAAGAGGCGACAAGGCCAUAGGGUCGUCUCUGCAGAGUUCGGUCAUCCUCGAUGUCUCGGAUGCCCCGACCAAGGAUAUUCUUGCGACGUACGCAGAUGAGCUCGAAGCCAUGUUCGUCGUCUCUUCCGUCGAGAUUAAUGCCGACCAGCCGGUCAGCCCGGAGUGGUCCUACGUGCGGGACCUUGAGGUCGGCGGUGCUGUAAGGGGGAAGGCCGUGGUCUUGCCGCCUAAGCAGGCCAAGUGCCCCCGCUGUUGGCGUUAUGUUGCUCCCGCCCAGGAUACGCUAUGCCAUAGGUGCGAGGAUGCCGUUUCUGCGUAACAGAUUAGCGAGCUGGUGGCGGCUCCAGGACUGUACAAUAGGCGGCAUAGUCUUUAGAGAUUUAUAUCCAAUAUACAAAUAUGUAAGCACGAAUGAAA